AACGUGCAUGGGACAAUGGCACACCUGUUAUAUAAAUGCUAAGCUCGUAUGAUCUGCUCCCGCAGGAGCACAGACGAAUGUGGAGUGCAUUUUCCUUCGCUGCACAUGUGGUACCUUUGUCAUAAUUCUUCAAAUAACCCGUGUGAACAUGUCGAUUCAGGAUACUAGGGUUUAUUCAGAUUGAGAAUGGGUAGGCUCUCUUUGCUAGGGUUUUACGCCAAAUCUCUCUGCAACAAUCGACAGAAUUGUAGGAAUUACAGGUCAAUUGGCACUUGCUUUUCUUACAGUCAAACUGGUAGACCUUGUGGGAUACCAAGGGAGCUUUCUUAUGCAUCGACCUUCAAUGAUGAACGAUUUGAUAUAUUUCGAAAAACAGUCACAGCACCAUUCGCAGCAUAUCAUUUAAAGCGAUCAUUUCAUGCUACGGGAUUGUGUAAUAGAGAAAAGGAUUUUUAUGAAAUUCUUGGUGUGCCCAAAGAUGCAAGCCAUGAUGACAUCAAGAAGGCUUAUCUUGCUCUUGCAAAGAAGUACCAUCCAGAUAUAAAUAAGAACAAUCCUGGAGCAAAGAGAAAAUUCCAAGAUAUAAGGGAAGCUUACGAGACUUUGACUAAUUCCAGAAAGAGGGAGCAAUAUGAUAGGGAAUUCCAUGGUGUUGGAAGAGAAGAACAUGUUGAUGGAGAUGCAGGUUCUUCAGGAACUGGGUUUUAUUAUGGUUAUCAUGACCAUUUCUCUAAUGAGUUCCGUAAAAUAUUUUCUGAGAUCUUUGAUGAAGCCCCAGAAAUCAUAGCGACUGAUAUACAGGUGGGUCUUCCUCUUUCUUUUUCUGAAGCUGCUAGAGGAUGCACAAAACAUCUGCGCUUCAAUGCCCGUAUCCACUGUAACGAAUGUAAAGGAAGAGGUUAUCCAAUUGGUGCGAAUCCACAGUUAUGUCCAACUUGUAAGGGCAUUGGGAAAGUCACUAUCCCUCCAUUCACAUCAACGUGUAGUACUUGCAAGGGGUUUGGUCGAAUUAUGAAGGUAUCUUGUGCUGUGUGCAAAGGUUCUGGGACAGUUGAAGGCUUCAAGGAGGCUGAUAUUACCAUUCCUGCAGGCAUUGAUUCUGGGGAUACUAUCCGCGUACCCAAAGCUGGUCAUAGUGCAGGGCCUGGUGUUCAUCCUGGGGACUUAGUUAUUAAAGUGAAGGUUGGUAAAGACCCUACAUUUGCAAGAGAUGGUGCAGAUAUCUUUGUUGAUGCUAGAAUCAACUUUACACAGGCUAUUCUUGGGGGGAUGGUUGAAGUGCCAACUUUGUCUGGAAAGAUCCAGCUACGGGUGCCAAAUCGAGUUCAACCUGGGCAAGUAUUGAUACUACGAGGGAAAGGAUUACCACGUCAAGUUGGAUUUAUGGACCGUGGUGACCAGCAUGUGCGAUUUUGCAUACAGUUCCCGGCGGCAAUAAAUGAGCGUCAGAGAACAAUCUUAGAAGAAUUUGCAAGAGAAGAAUCAUUUCAUGAUAACGACAAAUUUUUGCCGGGAAGCUGGUGGGAGGAGAUCACCGAUUUCCUAUCCAGAAUGGGUGUAAUUAUUAGGACUGUAUUCACAUACAGCAAAAAUCACACUGCUGAGAUCAUGUUCAUCAUAUUGAUCCUCAUGAUGCUGAUUGGGUAGUAUGAGCUAAAAGAAACAAAGAAAAAAACUUCUUGGGUCCACCACCUUAAUGAUGGGUCAAUCUUCUCAAUACAGAAGACUGGUCCGACAUACCUACACCUUGGAAAACUACCAAAAAAAAAAGAGAAAAAUGAACAACAGAAAAUAGAAAAGUUAUAGAACUACACCUAAGAAAGUAUUCAUUGGGAGUAUCUCGUCUCGUCGUAAAAUACGUCCCAUUUCACUCACAUGGUGGGUUUCUGUAAUUCAUUUGGAAGGGCCUUCCUCCGAGUGGGGCAUUUUUGAGGAGAGCACAUUGAACUUUGUACAUAAAGCAUUCAUUUCCAAUGAUUUUAAUUCAUGGCAUCGAUGUCCACUUCUGGAAUGUAGAAUCGUGAUCUGUUGACGAUAUUUUGAUCUAACUCAAUUGAACCAAUGUUUUCGA